AUGCAUGCCGUAUCAUAUGCAAUGCUGUCAACAGUGCAAGCAAGCAGGCAGCAUCAGCGGCAGCCUAGACAGGAGGAGGACUCCAGUGUCCAGUCUACGCUACGCUCCGCUGUGCGCGCGGCCGGGGAGACGAUGAGCCGCGCAGGCACAACCUACGAGCAAGCCCUCUUGCAGUCGCAGUCUUGCCAGCCAGCAGGGCCACAACUUGUCCGGUUCUGCGUGCAUGAUGGGCCGGAGCCCAUCCUGUCCACCCUCUACCUCCAUCACUACUCUGCAUGGCAUCGUUUUGAAGCUAACUUGACGGUUCCUCCGUCGCGCCCCCAUCUAUCCUAUCCAAGAUCCACCGCAUCUCGAGCUCACCAUGGACCCCUUCUUCGCCGCCGACGAGGGCAGCGCCACGGACGACCUCCAGCGCACCGCCUCCCACCCUUCGACGACACUGAAGACGACACCACCGACGCCGUGGCGGCCGACGGCAGCGCGGGAGGGUACACCUCCUUCGUGGACGCCGGGUACCCCUCCUUCGCCGACGCCGGUCCCGAGGAGGAGGAAGAAGAGGUGGUGGACGAGGAGAUCGCCGCGGACUCCGACGGCGCUGCGGUCCCCGUCCGCUACGUCUCCGGCGGGUACGCCCCCUCGCCCUUCUUCCCCGACUCGGACUUCGGGGGCGGGGACGACGACGGCCCCGUCCUACCGCCGCUCGCCGAGAUGGGCAGGGAGGAGGGUGCCCUCCUCCGCGAGUGGCGCAGGUGA